AUGCCCCUGCCCCCUAACUCUAAGGGACCUAAUGAUGCAGAGUUUGUUCCAGAAGCUCCCGAAAGCCUCUCAAAGUUUGAACCUCCUCCUUCCCCGAUAUCAAGCUACGACAGUCAACCACUAAACGACAAAUAUUUCAACAAGCCUCCCCCUGAACUGCCUCCACAGCUACCGACAAAGAUAUCAGAUGAACGAUCAUUUGUUAGUAGGAAGCCAAAGUCCUCACAAAGGCCUUCUCAUACCUUGAUGAACCAUCUUUACAAGCAAGACGGUGAUGAUGGUCAGUCUUCAGCACUUCGCUCAACACAAGAUUUCUUAAAAAAAUAUGUAACUGUAGUGCUAUACAAAUCUGUGCAUAGGUAA